AUGAACGCCUGGGUCCUCAUUGCUGCCUGCUGCGCACUAAGCGGCGUGCACGGCCAGUUAGAUGCCGUCCGUGGCGGCCACUUUGCCCCGGCGCUGGCACUUUCGCCCGCUGCAGGCUUUGCCGGCGCCGCCUACCCGUACGCUGCCGGCGCUGCUGAGGCCGCGCUAAGUGCGGGCGCCGGGGCCCCGCAGCUGACGCUAGCUCCGGCUCCGGCACUGUUCGGGCACGCCCACCAGCAGCAGCAAUUCGCCGCGGCACCUGCUUUUUCACCAGCCUUUCUGGGCGCUGGAUACGGCGCCCAGCCGCCACCUCAGCUGAUCGUGAGCCCCUUAGUGCACCAGGAGGGCGUGGCGGGACUAAUGCCCGCCGGCGCACCCAACUUCGUCCGCACCACCGUGACUCAGCAGUACGCCAACGGCGGCAGCUCCCACGUGACCCGGUACCAACCAACGACGUACCAACUAGGAGGCGGGAACGCCGGCGCUGCCACGUCCGGACUGACGUCCACGAACCAGUUCCAGGCGACGCAGCUGCAGGCGGCGCCCGGUUCCCCAAGCGCGCUGUACCGCGAGUCCAAACAGCUGCCUUCUCUCAGCUCGCUGAGUCAAGUGCAGGCGGCUGGCGCGCCUGCUGGCGGUGCUGUCACCUACCAGGAGGUCGGCCAGACGACGCUAGGCGCCCUGCAAGGCUACGGUGGUGCAGGGACUGCAGGCGUUUUCUCCGGAGACGGCGCUGCGGCAGCGUACCCGGUGGCCAGGACAGCCGGCUACGGAGCCGGACUGCGGGCCUACUAGAAAUGCGAUCCGCCUCUGCCAAAGAAACGUGAAGAGGGCUGUUUACGGCAGUUAUUUAUUGACCACAGACAGAGAAUGCACCAACCAACAACACCUCACAUCGACAUUUGGACGCAGCUACGCGUGAGAACUGGCGCUGGGCUGCUGUGGCAGCUGCUGCGUAACCAUUAUUGUGUGAAGAUACACAAUAAACUUCACAUUCUCGCGACA